CCAUCCCAUGCCCUCAUUUACUCCUGCGGGCUCAGUGUAAAUCUGUUAAGAGAGCGGACUGCGAUUUAAUGCGACACAAAGGACAAAUCGAGGUGAGGAGGAGCUGUUCAGAAAACCACUUACACCUCGUGAAUUUCUGGAGCAUCUCUUGCUUAAUAUGAUCAGAGUGGGCUGCUUUCACUCUUAUGCUUUUAUGUGCUGCCAACAGCUUUCAUUUGUUCAUCUUAUGAUUUUGCAUAAUACAAGUCCUUUAUAUGUCCAGAAUCACUUAAUGGUAUUAGCACAGUACGAUUCGUAAGUUAAAUCCAGGCAGAGAAAGUGACGCCGGUGCUGGACAGCGCGUGCUUCAUCACGCGAGAGCACAGCAGCAACCCCACUGCAGCGGGACAGGUGCAUCCACGCGCAAUCCAUCACACACACCGAAACUGAACCCGAGUGUGGAUGUACAUACAGUGACAGACAUGUGUGUUUGAGCGGGGGACACUAAUAUCAGCUGUUUUCUCUUCAUGAGGUGUGCAGUCAUGGUUCUCAAAGGUCUGAUCGUGUUGUUGCUGUUGGUACAGUUCUCUGCAGAGAGCACUGCAGAAGGAGGCAAACACAAGAAGGGGAAAAAGGGCAAGCAAGUCAUCUGCCCCUCUCAGUUAUCAGCAGAGGACUUGGACAGAGUCCCAGCCAACUCAACCAGCAACAUUCUGAACCGCUUGUUGAUGACCUAUGAUUCACGAAUACGACCAAACUUCCAAGGUAUCCCAGUGGAGGAUAAGGUGAACAUCUUCAUCAACAGCUUUGGGUCAAUCCAGGAGACCACAAUGGAUUACCGUGUUAAUAUAUUCCUGCGACAGCGCUGGAAUGAUCCACGGCUACGAUUGCCAACUGAUUUUAAGUCGGAUGCACUGACCGUUGAUCCAAAAAUGUUCCAGUGCCUGUGGAAACCAGAUCUGUUUUUUGCCAAUGAAAAAAAUGCUAAUUUUCACGACGUUACACAGGAAAACAUACUGCUGUUCAUUUUUCGCAAUGGAGAUGUCCUCAUCAGCAUGAGGUUGUCUGUGACUCUUUCUUGUCCUCUGGACCUACAACUGUUUCCUAUGGACACCCAGCUCUGCAAGAUGCAGUUAGAGAGCUAUGGCUAUACCACAAAGGAUCUUGUUUUUAUGUGGCAGUCUGGAGACCCUGUUCAGAUGGAUGAGAUUGCUUUACCACAGUUUGAUGUAAAGCAAGAGGACAUUAAGUAUAGAAACUGCACAAAAUUCUACCAGGGAACAGGUCAUUAUACUUGUGUGGAAGUCAUCUUCACUCUCAGAAGGCAGGUGGGCUUUUAUAUGAUGGGUGUUUAUGCUCCCACCCUGCUUCUUGUCGUCCUAUCAUGGCUGUCCUUCUGGAUCAACCCUGACGCCAGUGCAGCUCGAGUCCCCUUAGGCAUUCUGUCUGUUCUGUCACUGUCAUCCGAGUCUAUGUCUCUAGCAUCUGACCUUCCUAAGGUCUCCUAUGUGAAAGCCAUUGAUAUCUGGAUGAUUGCCUGUUUGCUGUAUGGUUUUGCCUCUCUUGUGGAGUACGCUGUGGUUCAGGUGAUGCUGAACAGUCCCAGGCGCAUUGAGGAAGAGAAGAUAAAGAUGGCUGAGAAAGAGAAAGAAAGAGAAAAAAGGGAGAACAAGACACCAGCAAAAACUAACAGUGCCAAUGGCACUGGUGGGACACCUAUACAUGUCAGCACACUACAGGUUGUGGAAAACCGCUGUAAGAAGGUGUGUACUUCAAAAUCUGAUCUGCGCUCAAAUGAUUUCAGUAUUGUCGGUUCUCUCCCACGGGAUUUUGAACUCUCCAACUUCGACUGUUACGGCAAGCCCAUUGAGGUCACAGAUGCUGCCGGUAAAUCACAGAACAAGAACAAGAAGAAGCCGUCACCUCCGAAACCCGUUAUCCCGUCUGCUGCUAAAAAGGUUGAUCUCUAUGCUCGAGUUCUGUUCCCUUUCACCUUCCUUUUCUUCAAUGUUAUUUACUGGUCUGUCUACCUGUGACCAUGACAGAGUGUAACUGUGCGUUCACAAGCAGCAGCAUGUCAGGGCGUUGAGGAGAGUUGUGCUGCAUCCAGAUGUGCCUACUUAUACUAUGCCCAUAAAACUAUGUACUUUUUUGUGAAGAAAAAGUACACACGUUUGAGUGUGUCGUAGAAAAGUAGGCAAGCUUUAGGACAUACUAUCAUGACACAAUUGCGUCUUUAAAGGAGCUCUCUGUCGCAUAAUUACAUGAAUCCUGUCACUGUAAACUGGCCUGUCAAUCAUCUUCUCACAGUUAACAUCCUCCCACAUUUAAUUUAACUUCCUACCAUAUCGAAGAGAAAAUAAGUUGCACGUUGGUCUGCGAGGUCAUGCGGAGAACUCUGCUCAUAUUUUCUUCAUAAUAAUAAAUUUAAAAUUUAACGACCAAACGGAUGUUUAUAACAGUUUACAUUGCUGUUGCAGACGAAAUAUAACACAGAUAACAUUAAAUAAAUAUUUUUUACCAGGUUAAAUAUUGAUUAUUAAUAACUCAAACCCCUUUAUCCAGGGGCGACUUUACUAAUAAGCAAAGUAAGCGGCGGCUUAGGGCCCAGGGAAUCAGGGGUCCCAUCUCUUAGGCCUAUUGGCAAAAAAUAUUUGCAGUGUUGAGCAAUGUAGCCAAGCACAGACAUAUAAUUUAAUUUCUUGAAUGCAGUGACUCAACAUGUUUAAUUCAGAAUCCACUCACAGUGCCAAUUUUUUGUCAAGUCCUGAGUUCUGCAAGCUCGGGCUCCUCUCAUUAUAACAAAGUGUAGAUACUAUGUAAAUAAGAGAUUUAUUGUGCCAUGUAGAGAGCUUAUUAACGGAAUGUUGUGAGAUUGCAAUGAACUGAAGUGAGUGACAGCUUUUAUUGAUUAUAUGAGGGAGCACCCUUUCGCGCAUUCUAGGCUGUAUAAUACUGUCUGACUGUCUCAGAACAGGGAUGUUCACCUCAGUAAAGAACUUGUGUUCAAGUCUUAAUUUUAUUUAUCUUGAUGUUUCAAAUUGUAACGUGUGCAUGUAAUAUUAGCCAUUAGAGUGUGCACAGAUCUACUGUACACUUCAAAAAUCGACCUGAAAUAGUAGACCAUCCGGGGGGUUUUGGCAUACUCUUUUCAACAUACUAUGCUUUGGGACAAACUAAUGCUAAUCUCACAUACUAUUUAGGAUGGAUUAGUAUGGACAUUGGGAUGCAGGGAGAAAGUCAUGUCAGCUUUAUUGUAAUGAGCUCUGACGCAGUGAGGCGGCCACCAAUCGGAAUGUAGAAGUCCUCCUCUUGAGAGGAUUCCAAAGAACGCCAGUCCUGUAAACUUUGGUUCCGACCACAUUAGUUCCCAAUAAUUUUCAUGCUAGAACUCUUGUUUUUCAGCGUGAAUGCAAUUCAUUUGCUCAAAACGUCACAGAUUUGACCAGUUGCAUUUAGGCUACACUUCAACCAGGACAGUUUGUAAUGCAGGCUGCGCACAAAUUAAUGUUAAUGUUAAUUAAAGACCAAGGCUACUAAACGUCUCCUAUAAACUGCAUGUUGAAAUUAGACUUAGUUAGCACUUAACCAUGAACACAAAAUAAUGGCUUUUAUUGGUUUAUUUUGUUAGCAAACAUAGCUAUAAUUAAGUUCCCUGUCAAGGGAACUUCGAACUGCGUCCUCUGAAGGGACACUAUUUGCAACACCUCGUCGUGACCCGUGUCUGAAGCAUACUUUGAAAAACGCCAACGUGUUGGCCGGCGACAGCCUCUGAAGUAGGGCUGCAACUAACGAUUAUUUUGAUAAUCGAUUAAUCUGUCGAUUAUUUUUACGAUUAAUCGAUUAAUCGGUUUAUGUACUUAUAUUUUAGUUUUUUCCCCAAGUAAAUUAUUAAUAAAGGGUCUUUAUCAUUCAGCAUAGAUUUUUAAGAGAUUUUAACCAUUUUGCAUUGUCAUAUCCUCAUCAAAAAUAUACCUGGAGUUGUUUUAUUAUGUUAGUAAUCCUUUGUCGAACUCUUCUGCAAUCAAAACACUGACCCAUACUCUAGCAAAAUUCACAAGGAGAUUUCAAAUAUUGUUUUCACCAUGGCAGUCCUUAGAGCUCCUAAAGUAGUUUAACAUCCCAAACAAAGCUUAAGGAAUCUUUGAGAACAUAUUUUCACGAAGUAUAAGGAUAAAACAGAAUAAAAUUGCAGUGCAUUGUAUUUUAUUAUUUACUGGGAAAAAGCUUUAUAGCUUAUGCUGUGAAAUUGUAAACAAUCCUUCGAAAAAAAGUGCCAAUGGCAUGAAACCUGAAUGGAACUCACAAUUUAAAGUAAAAUCCAUCAGAAGGUUGUCCAGAAAAAAAAAAAAAAUUGGGACACACACAAAAAACCUGCUGUGUGAAAAAGAGCAGUGAAUACUUUCAUUCAUUCAGUCAUAAUUAGGCUGCAAGUCUGAAUUAUGAACUGGUAAACGACAAACUGAUCACAUAACAUGUUUGUAAAGCUUUAAAUGUUAACUGUUAAAAAGCAAUGUUAUCAGCUUUUACGACUAAACUUUUGCAAACAACCUUGUACUGGAGAAUCUGCACAAAUAAAAUUCUUAGGGGCCGUUCACAUAUCGCACCUAAAAACGUGUGGAAAACGCUAGUCGCGCCGCUUUCUCCUUCUUUCCAAAGCGCUCGGGCAGAAGCGCCCCUGAGGCGUCUGCCUUUGCUAAGCAACCAUGACGUGCUCUCUCCAUGACGUGCCCUCUCCAUGAAGACCCGGAAAUUUCAGCAAAGGAUAAAUGGAUGCGGUGUGGACGCGCCUGGAAAAACGGGCGCAUCGCACUGCGUGCGUGUCGCGACCGCGUCGCUUCCAUUAUGAGAGUGCAUACUGCGCGCCUACAUAGGAAAUAACGAACUUGAGCACGCAAAAGACAUGAUAUGUGAACGGCCCCUUAAACAGUUCAGUAGUGCAGAGUUUACAGGUUACUCUUCAUUUUGAAGGCUCAAAGUAAAGUACUCCCACUUCCCGCUGAAUGCUGCAGAGACGCUAUUCGGGAAGCACGUGACAUAAAACGAGGCCAGCUAUUGGCUAUUCGCUACUUCACCUGCUGUACUGGCUGAGUAAAACCUCCGGUGGCUCAUUACUGCCACACUUUGGUCACUGCAGAUUUGAAAUAUGCACGAAAUGAGCCGCUUAUGGCAAAUAAAAUUUAUUUAGCGACGAAUCGAUUACUAAAUUAGUUGACAACUAUUUUAAUAAUCGAUUUUAAUCGAUUAAAUCGAUUCGUUGUUUCAGCUCUACUCUGAAGUCACUACCGGUGCGACUAUAAAUACGCGCCCGUAGGACCCGUCACUUAUCUUCUUCGUCUUCAUUGACUGUUUUGUUUGAAGCGUGCAUCUGAGAAUAGACCAGAACGGUAAGAGCGAUCUAUUAUUGUUAUCAUGGCAUCCACUAGCAUGGCGCCCGAACAACAAAGGGGUCCUGGCCCAUCUCGAUCUGAGGAUCGAAGACGGGUGCACAAGGCUAGUGUCGCGGCUCGCACUCCUCCGAGUGGAAUCGCGGGUCACGAAGAGGUAAGCAGGGUCUGAGGGAUGUGAUUCAGACGAGGCAGCGUUCUCGUCUGGAUCGGAGCGAUACCUAGGAGUUAUGCACUUCCUUCGGAUGUUUUUAACUUCUAUUUUAUUUCUCCCCUGCCUCAUUCCCCUGUAGCCACCAGCGCUCCACCUGAUCGGGGUUAGGUGGAAAGUUUCUCACAUAACAGUCUCCUAUCCUGGACCUGUUAUGUUUUGGUUGGUCCUAUUUUCAUAGUGACCACCUUACUGACGGUCCGGACCAAAAGGGGGCACCCCGUAAAGCGGGACUCCAGUACAGGAGGGAGGGUGAGUAUGUAACCCUUUCUGCUUAUGGGUGUUAUGUUGCUGGUGGUUAUAUGUCUACUAACAAACUCUGUGAGUUUCCUUUACAGUGCUCAGUUCCAGCCUUGUGCUCUGGUAUUAGGUGACCACGAUCACAGGCUUUCGGCAGGCGGCCGUGCCACAUGGGUUUGCCCCCCCGGGCGCGACACCCGCCGCGGAGCGAGUCCCGCGUGUGGGAAGCAAGCGCUCUGCGGUUGCUCAUCCCACACCCCCUCCCGAGGAGCCUGGCUGAUCGUCAGAACUGGCACAGCACUGCAGGGAAUUUCAUGGAUGUCCAUCCAGGUCUCCCUGAGGGGCCGCCUGGCCGUUUGGCGCAUCCGGGUAGGUGGUAGUUACGGAGUCCUUCUGUAUUUACUGCCUCAGGUGAUGCUCCCCUCGCUUGAGGGUUGGAGCUCGCCCCUCCCAUGCGAUCCAGCGCCAAUGCGAUGCUUAGGAACCUUUCUGUACACACGAUAAGCCUGUGUACUUUCUCAAAACCACAUGGUGGUCAGUGUGCACAUGAAAACUUUGCGAACUGUCUCAAAUCCACGGUGGUACGGUGGUACAUGGUGGUAAGUGUGCACGCAAGACUCUGCUCACUUUCUAAAAUCCCCAAGCAUCGCUUCUCUCAACAUGAGGGGCUGUGUGGACUCCCACAUAUUGUGGUUAUCAGAUAGUAGGCUUCAUCAGGCCUCUCUGAUGGUGAGCUCCCACAUACUGUGGUUGUCAGGUAGUAGGCCUCACCAGGCCUCCCUGGAGAUUUAGCUCCCACAUACUGUGCGUUUCCACUAAAUAGCAUAUUGUGGUUUUUCAGAUAGUAGGCUUCACCAGGUCUCUCAGAAGGCGAGCUCCCACAUACUGUGGUUGUCAGGUAGUAGGCCUCACCAGGCCUCCCUGGAGAUUUAGGUCCCACAUACUGUGCGUUUCCACUAAAAAACGAGCUCCCACGGUUUGUGGUUGUCAGGUAGUAGGCCUCACCAGGCCUCCCUGGAGUCGAGUUCCAUAUUACCUUCCACUGAGGUGGUUAUCUGGUAACAGGUAGUAGGCCUCUCUAGGUCUCUCUGUAGAUGAACUCCCACAUAUUGUGGUUAUCAGAUAGUAGGCUUCACAAGUCUCUCUGAAGGUGAGCUCCCACAUACUGUGGUUGUCAGGUAACCUUUCAGUACACACGCUAAGCCUGUGUACUUUCUCAAAACCACAUGGUGGUCAGUGUGAAAGUUAACGUUUUGCGCACUGUCUGAAAUCCACGUUAAGUAGUAAGUGUGCACGCAAGGCUCUGCGCACUUUCUGAAAUCCUGUACGGUAAAGGUUACACGCUCCGCUUCAUUCCCUUUCUUGAGAUCAUUAGCCCCGGGGUUCCUUGGGCUUCAUUCAACCAGUGUGUAUUUGUUAUACACCUCAAGCACCGCCCCUCAACAAGGGGGGCUGUGUGGGCAAUUCUCGCGGUAGUUUAGCAGCGCUCCCCUUUUCUAAAAGGGUCGCCUAUGAGCAUGCUGCUCAGAGCUAGGAGUCCUCCUCUCAUGGGAGACUGAAUUCUCUGUUUUUUCAUCAGAGCGCUCCAGUACUACAUACUGUUUUGAGACACACUGUGAGAGCAGACAUCCUGCUGAGGCAGGGGCUGAGGCUCGGGGAAUGGCGCCUUCGAACCAAGGUGUGAAGCAGAGUUGGAGAGGUUGGCCAGACCUGGGUGGAUCGGUUUUGCGGCUCGAGAGAGCAUCGCACUAUCCCCUCUGGCCUCCUUCCAUCCAGCUCCAUUGGGGUUCUGUACGUUCCGUCCUCCAAUUGCUCUGCUCCCGGGCCAUUCUAUCUCCGAGCUGCUCUAUCAGAGUGCCACAAGAGCCCCUCCUUUGUGACAGGCAAGACUUGGUAAUAGAAAAACAGUGCUAGGUUCUUAGCCGUAUCCCUUUAAAGGAAUCUUUCGUGAUUCCAAGCCUUCAGCUCUACCCCGGGCCGAGGCCCUACAGGUAAGUUGGGUAUGUAGCUUAGGCCUUUGAUCAUAAGGGAUAAUGUCAUGGACAGCCGUCGAACCGUCCCAGGGGCGACUCCCGGUGAAAUGGUAGAGUUGGUACUUAGUGUUUGCCAUCAUUCUGGCCUGCACUCCCCUCAGCAUGGCGGUGUGGGUAUACUAUUCCCCAUAGUGUCCCUUCAGAGAACGCAGUUCGAAGUUCCCUUGACAGGGAAUGUCUCAGGUUACGAAUGUAACCAUGGUUCCCUGAGAGGGAAUGAGACACUGCGUCCUCUAGCUCCCUGCCAUGCUUCGGACGCAAGCUUCACGAAGAAGAUAAGUG